AUGGAUGAUCCAUUCCGGCCAAAUGCGAUCGGUCUUCCAUUCACCCUCACCAUUGCUUCGAGGUACGCGGUCGAGUUUACCUCCGGUGUUGACCAUAAUUACGAGGUGUAUUUGGCCCGCGUCGGCUAUGCCACUGGCGAGAUCGCGAAGGUCCCCCUGUCGACGUUUGCUUCGGACGUCUGGGCGCGCCUGCUGGAGGCUUGGCUGGGGACCCGCGCGGACGGCCACACGGGGGAGUGGCCGUGCCUCGCGCUGGAGAUCUACGACGAGCCUCCCGCCCCGGCCAAGAGUGGAGAGCACGAACGCGAGCUCCUGGAGCGGUACCUCAAGAGCGACCUCGCGAAGGACGACGCCUGCGCGGAAGCCGGGGCCUCCGGGCUGCCGCCAGAGGUGCAGAAGGAGCUGGAAGAGGCGAGCAUGAAGACGGAGACCGACGCCGAUGAGGAGGAGCGCGACUUCGGCGAGGACGACGACGCCGAUGGCAGCGGGCCCGCAGGGUGGCUGCAGAAGUUCCAGCGGCGCGUGCAGCGGAGCCCGUGGCAGCGGUCGCUGCGCUCGGCCGACUGCGACGCGUGGAGAUCCACGGUGGACGCCAUGACGGGCGUCGAGGAUGAAAAUACAGAGAAGGGGGCCAACCUACACGUGAGCGCGGGGACGGACGAGGCUGCAGUAACUAGGGGCGAGCUCAGAGGACUCAUCGGGGACAUCGUCAGGGCGGCGAUGCAGGAGCAGUCCAGGAGCUCGAGUGCUGCAGCAGCGUCCAGCUCCGCGGCCGCUGGCAAGCCGGACGAGAAGAGCAAGCCGGACGAGAAGGGCGAGGAUCCGUGGCAGAGCUCGGAUCCGUGGACAGCCAGUGGCGGAGAGAGUUGGCAGAGUCGGUGGUGGCAGGCCGACUCGAGGACCAGCUGGGAGGAUCGGCAGCCCGAUCAGAAGGACAGCUGGCAGAAGGACUCAGGCUGGUCUCACGACGCCGCCUGGACCCGCGGGACCGGGUCCCGACCCGAGCUGGCCGGCUGGAUGCUCAACCUCGAGCAGAGCAUGGGUCAGCUGGGAUACAUCAUCAUGCAGGGCUCGAAUUUCCAAGAUGGUGGAGCACAGCCGUCUACCACGACGCCGCCGAGCAACAGCGGCGGACACGGCGAGGAGUACAACGCGACGCUCGCCUCGACGACGGCCGACCCGAACAACUGGUGGCCCCUGCCGCCGAUCCCGGAGAUCGCGACCGAUCAGGAGCAGGAGUGGGAGCUGGUCAGCAACCAGGGGGAGCUCUACUGGCUGGGGUCCGGGACCAGGAUCACCGCCGGCUCCGAGCCGCGCGUGUCAGUGGCUGACAGGGUCCAAGAGAUCGAGGCCGGCGGCGCGUGUGCAGGAGAGGGCCUCGCCUGCGGCGCGUCUCCCCCUCUCGGCGGGCGCCUGCGGGAGCAGAAAAGGCUCGGCAGGCGCCGCUCCCUUGGCCGCCCCCUCGGGCUGUCGUCCUGCCUGGGCCUCGCUGCGCGCGCCGCCGCCGCCGCCGCGGGCCCGGGCGGCCUCUCGUGCAGGGGUUACCGCUACGGCGGCAUCGACUGGGACGAUGUGCGCUCCAAGCUGGAGGUGUACGCAGACAAGUACCUGGACCGCCCUCAGCUGCUGGGAGACGUCUUCCAGCUGGCCGCCGACUACUCCGUCUCCUACCAUCCCGGCAACGAGUGCGUCUUGGGCGACUUGUCGUUGAGAUUUUUCUGGCUGGGGCUGGAGCGCCAGUCGCUGCAGCUGGCGGUGAGGCAGCUGUCGACCGGGGAGCCCCGCAGUGACAUGGAGCAGAUUCUCCAAGCAGACGUACACGUGGUUCUGGGACCUCGAGCACGCGUGGUCGGAGGUCGUGGAGUCCGGGUGGCCAUUGUUCAGCAUCUUGGCGGUGGCAGCGGAGUUGCUUCGGGACGGCGGUCAGGAUGCAUGCGUCCCUGCGGAGAGACUGAGAUUAUACGUUGA